AUGGUCGGGGAGGGAAAGCUACAAUGUCCGCACUGUGUUGCUGUCGACUCGGCGGGCAACAUUGUAGUAGUGGACUGCGAUGGGGUCAAGGUCUUCAGGGGAAGGGAUGGAACAUUGCUGAAGAGCAUGGGGCACCGGGGAAGCAAUAUCACUGAGCUGCACCUUCCAUGGGGAGUGGCUGUCGACCAGGACGACAGUAUCAUCGCUGCCAACGUGGGUGAAGACAACAUAGUUGUCUUCGACAAGGACGGGAGCGUGAGGCGGACAGUGGGUCGGAGCGGAUCUGGGGAGGGAAAGCUAAAGCACCCCUACGGUGUGGCGGUGGACGGGGAGGGGAACAUCGUGGUAGCAGACUACGACAACAACAGGCUGCAGCUGUUCGGGAGGGACGGGAGGUUCCUCAGGGCGAUAGGGAAGAAGGGCAGCGGGGAAGGGGAGCUACAGCAGCCGUGGGGGGUGGCGGUGGACAGCAACGGCGUCAUAGUCGUGGCUGAGAGCCUGGGGAGGAGAGUCGCCAUGUUCAAGAACGAUGGCACCUUCAUCAGGUCGAUCCGCAGGUGGGGGAGCGAAGGCUCCGCGCUGGGUCGCCCGCGCGGCCUCGCCAUCGACAUGGAGGGGAACGUGGUGGUGGCGGACUGGGAGAUGCACAGAGUUCUUGUGUUCAGGCAGGAUGGGAGCUUCGUGCGAUCCUUCGGGGGUCGGGGGUCGGGGGACGGGGAGCUGAAGCAUCCAUGUGGCGUUGCUGUGGAUGGGAUCGGAAACAUCGUGGUAGCGGACUACGAGAACCAUCGGGUUCAAGUGUUCAGCGCUGAGUUCGAGUGA